CAGAGGCAGAUACACAGAGACUGACAAUCAGACUGUCUGCAUUGGGGGGGUCUGCCCUCUGUCUGUCUGGGCAUCAUUCCCGGCGACUACAAGCUCUGAGCCAGGGCUGGUCAAUCACUUGAAUAAUGCAGGAUGAUCUACCUCUCUUGCAAGCCACUGCUUGCUUAACUGAACGGACGUUAUUAGAGAACGCAGACUUUUUUGGUGUAGAGUACCGCUCCAUGUACGUAUGCAAGUCAAAGCGGGCAAUGAAACCAAAGGAAGCCUAUAAACUACCACACAGACUGGUCGAGAAGAAAAGACGGGAUAGGAUUAACGAAUGCAUUUCACAGCUUAAGGAUCUGCUGCCCGAGCACCUGAAGCUGACGUCAUUGGGGCAUCUGGAGAAAGCUGUAGUGCUGGAAUUAACACUGAAACACUUAAAGGCAUUGACCACUUUAACGGAGCAACAGCAUCAGAAGAUUAUUACUUUGCAAAAUGGGGACCGUGCCCUGAAAGGUGCCACACAGUCAGAUCUGGAUGCCUUCCAUUUGGGAUUUCAGACAUGUGCCAGGGAAGUGCUGCAGCACCUGACCAGCUUUGAAAACUGGACUCUGAAGGAGCAGCUGAUUGGCCACUUGCACCGAGCUUUCACCCAGCUCCGAGCCAAUGGGGAGAUGCUGACCUUGGGGGCAGGGCAGGCCGAUGCCCAGGUGGUGGCGGCGGCGCCAGGCCAGGCCCGUCCCAGUGGCAACUGCGUCCCAGUCAUCCAGAGGACACAAGUGGCGGAGCACACUGGGAGCGACACGGACACUGACAGUGGCUACGGAGGGGAAGGGGAGAGGGGCGAGGGGAGAAGUGAGAAGGAGUUCACUCCGUGUGACACAUCCAACCGGACUUGUGACAUUAAACAGGAGACCGAUGACCCACCGGCCAAAAGGGUUAAAGUUGAUCUGGCAGGUCACGUGACCGUCUCUGAGGAAGGCCACGAGCCUGCUGUUCACCCGAUGAUGGGGAUUGGCAUGAUGCCCACGCUUGGCCAGCAGCCCCCUUUCUGUGUGCCCUUCUAUCUCAUUAAUUCCUCGGCAGCUGCUCCAUACGUGCCCUUUCUGGACAAAGCCAACCUGGAGAGAUGCUGGUACCCAGCUCCGAUUCCAGUCCUUUACCCUGGCAUUCCCGCCAUCUCAACCUUGCCACCCAAUAGACUACUCUGCCAGGACCCCUCCCCAGGGACAGGCCCAGGUUUGCGGCUCCGUGCAUGUGAGUCUGAGGCAACUGGACCCCUUCUCGGAGCAGAAGGAGUUUUGAGCCCAGAUCUGGAGCCGCUGCAAUCACCAGACAGCAAGUCCUGAAGCAGUCACCAUGCUCCCAUCGCUCCCCUCCAUUCUUGCUCCCCACGUACCAAACUAUAGAACUAGGCAGCAAAUCUCACACAGAGGCCUAGAGGUGGAAGGAAGUGAGGUCCAAAAUUAAAUAACCCUACACAGAACAUGCAGUUUGAGGCUACACAAAUUAGCAAUCUUUGUUCUGAGGGUGGAUAAAGAUCAACUUGGAUUAGACCCAUCUAAAGUACAAGAGUCAUAGAACCUUACAGUAUAGAAGGGGCCCUUUGACCUAUUAAGUCUGUACCACCAAAAAUACACUACUAAUUCCAUUUUCCUAUGCUAGAUUCGUACUCUUCGAAUUGGGGUUUAACCUUUGUUUGCGCUGAGUAAUUUCCCGGCAGUCACUUUGCAGAUUAACCCCUCCCUCCUUUCAAUAUUUGUGUUAAUGACCCACACAUAAAAAUGCUGGAGAAGUCAUCAUAUUUUUCUUUCUCAAUUAGUUUCAGUUUGAUGCCCGUUUGAGUUAAAGAUUUCACAACCUGAGUAAAGGUUUAAAAACAGCAUGUUCUGCAUUUCCCUCUGCCAAUGGUUAAAACAAGAAGACAGAAUGAGCAGAGGGGAUUUCUCUGAUGUGUCGAGAACGCAAACCAUUUGGAUCUUCACACCUUUAUUUUUGAGUUAAAUACAGAUUUCAGAGAGGUCACUGCCUUGUGCCCAUCAGUUCAUGGCUGACUGCCCGUCUCAGUCCUGCUCGGAAUUAUGUGUUAACUCUUGUGGCCUUUUUCAGAGAUGAAAGUUGCUGGUUGCAUUUAAUGCUGUUUCUCUCCUGCAGCCCUCUCUCUGCUGUUUUGUCAGAGAAUUGAAAGUCACAGUUCAGAACCUCAUCACCCAGACCGAGGAGAUGGUGGCCUCAGUAAAACCUAUUUUUAGUUGUUGCCAAGGCAGCUGGUUUGGUGAUGCUGUGCAGGGUUAUGUAACAGCUGAGAGAAAUUCCUGCCUGAGCAUGAUCCAACACUUGUACUCAUCCUGAUUAUAUUGCUGCUGCUGACUGCCUGACAUGCUGUGUCCUACAAUAUUGUGAAAUACAUAUAUUGCCUCAAGUAGCUUUUGUUCGUGUACUGUAAAUAGUUUGUGAAUAAUGAUGAAUAUUGUCUGAUAUGCUAUUUUUGUAUGGGGAUAAUGGUACAUGACAACCACUGAAUAUUUUGUUUUGAAUGAACUGAAUUUUAUGAAGAGUUGUUCAAUAAUGUUUUGCACUUCUUGUUAGUGCUUUACUGCUUAUGCGAUAUUAAGUUAUUAUAAUAAAUAUUGUCUGCAUUUUAAAAGAUAAAAA